AUGCAAUAAAGAAAGAAAAUUUAUUUAAGAUAAAAAAGGAAAAUUUAUAUUUAAUUAAAAAAUAAAGAAAAGAAGAAAAAUAAUUAAUUUAUUCAAAAGAGAGAAAAGAUGGGCUACAAAAUUAGAAACAAAUCUAUUUUCUGGACUAGAGCUGGUUGGAAGAAUAACUGGCACCCUAAGAACUUUAAUGCCCCUAGACCUUCUUACGGUGAAUUCACUAUGGGUAUUAGAUGCAGAAAUGACCAUCACUCUUUCCUUAGAUACGUUUAGACCUACAGAAAUAUGUCAAGACAUUGCAAGCAAUACUUCCUUGGUGAUAAAUAACUCGAAGAAACUUUCAUUUUGGGUUUGAGAUCUUUAUUCUUAGUUCCUUAUGACUCUCAAUGUUUAACUGAUCAAAUCAAGCACGGUGGUGAAAGAAGAUUCGUUGAUCAAUUAGACAGAGACUUCGAAUUAAUUUCAUACAAUACACACCCUUACUAAUUAUUCACCUACACUGUAAGAAACGAACAUCUUGCUUGGAAAAAUGAAUAAUACGAAAAGAUCCAAAAGGGUGAAAAAACUUUCGAAUAAGAAUUACUUGACUACCUCGACGAAUAAGUUCUUGCUGAAAAGGCCAAGUUAAGAGACGGUUAAAACUUCUCCAUCGAAAGAAUGACUGAAAUUGCUUUACACGUUUUCAGAAAGGCUAGAGCUGGUAAGGUUAGACCUGCUCAAGAUGUUAGAGGUCCUGAUGGUAAUGUUAAUGACUUCCUCGAAUAACGUAGACCCUUCGAACACCCCAACCCCACUGGUGUUACUCAUUGA